AUGAACCAUCCAUUGAUGGUUCUGUUGCCAUCAGCCUUUGUAUUGGUAGAAUUAGAAAUUUCUUUAGGAGACAUCACUCAGAAAGGAUAUGAAAAGAAAAGAGCAAAGCUGUUAGCACGGUACAUACCACUAAUUCAAGGUGUGGAUCCAUGCCUGCAAGCAGAGAACAGAGUCCCAGGCUCUUCACAAGCUACCACUGCUCUAUCUAAACAGCAGAAAUCCCGUUCUACCAACUCGAGGGAUGAGCGUUUCCGAUCUGAUGUCCACACUGAAGCAGUACAAGCAGCACUCGCAAAAUACAAAGAGAGAAGAAUGCCCAUGCCUUCAAAAAGACGGUCUGUUCUUGUGCACUCUUCGGUAGAAACGUACACGCCUCCAGACACAUCGUCAGCAUCAGAAGAUGAGGGCUCCUUACGUCGGCAAGGGCGGAUCACCUCCACUCCGUUCCAGAGCCAUUCCAACGUAGAGCCCUGGCUUAACCGGGUUAUUCAGGGCUCCUCCACCUCAUCCUCUGCAUCCUCCACCUCAUCUCAUCCAGGAGGGAAACCUGCUGCUGCUUCCAAUACUGCUACUGCCACCGCUGCUGCCACUGUGCUUGCAGAUCUCAUGGCACACACCCAGCUAGAUAACCACUCUGCGCCUCCAGAUGUAACCACUGGCCUGGUAGAACAUUUACAUCAUGAGCGUCCACAGGUAGCAUCAGUACGAGGAGUUCCCAGAGGCUACAACAGCAGCGUUUUGGAAACUGCAGAUGGUGUACCAGUGAAUAGCAGAGUGUCCUCUAAAAUCCAGCAGCUUCUAAAUACCUUGAAAAGACCAAAGCGCCCACCUUUGAAAGAGUUUUUUGUUGAUGAUUUUGAAGAACUGCUAGAAGUGCAACAGCCUGACCCAAAUCAACCAAAGCCUGAAGGAAAUCAAAUAAAUGUACUUAAAGGUGAACCAUUAGGUGUGGUAACCAACUGGCCACCUUCUUUGCUGGCUGCCCUGCAGCGCUGGGGAAUUACCCAGCCAAAAGCCCCUUGUCUGACGGCAUUGGAUACGACUGGGAAAGCUAUUUAUACGCUUACCUAUGGCAAGCUGUGGAGUCGAAGCUUGAAGUUAGCAUAUACCCUGCUAAACAAGCUAACCACUAAGAAUGAACCACUGCUGAAGCCUGGAGACCGGGUAGCUCUCGUAUUUCCUAAUAGUGAUCCAGUUAUGUUUAUGGUGGCAUUUUAUGGAUGUCUCCUGGCAGAACUUAUUCCUGUCCCAAUAGAAGUUCCACUAACAAGAAAGGAUGCUGGCAGCCAGCAGAUUGGAUUUCUUUUGGGCAGCUGUGGAGUAACACUAGCUUUAACCACUGAUGCCUGUCAAAAGGGCCUUCCUAAAGCUCAGACUGGCGAGGUGGUUACAUUCAAAGGCUGGCCUCGUCUCAUUUGGUUUGUGAUUGAUGGGAAGCAUCUGGCAAAACCAACUAAGGACUGGCAUCCGCAAGUACGGGAUGCCAGUGCUGAGAUUGCUUAUAUUGAGUACAAAACAAGUAAAGAGGGCAGCACAGUGGGCAUUACUAUAUCUCAUGCUUCCAUGCUGGCACACUGUCAUGCAUUGACUCAGGCAUGUGGUUAUUCAGAAGGUAAAUCCUUACUGGUUUUAUUCAAGGGUUUGGAUUUUUCAAUCUUCAUAAAUUUGUUAGUCAGUGCUGUAGCAAACGUGUGUGUUGUGAAGGUGGAUGGGACUCCUUAUUUGUGUAAAGCCGAUGAGGUUGGAGAAAUAUGUGUGAAUUCAAGUGCAACUGGGAUGGCAUAUUUCGGCCUCCUUGGUAUCACCAAGAAUGUGUUCGAGGCCAUUCCAGUGACGGCAGCCGGUGUGCCUGUUUCAGACCAACCCUUUACAAGAACAGGAUUGCUUGGCUUUGUGGGUCCGGACUAUUUGGUGUUUGUGGUAGGAAAAUUGGACGGGCUAAUGACAGUUAGUGGCCGCAGGCACAAUGCGGAUGAUGUGGUAGCCACCGCAUUGGCAGUCGAACCCAUGAAGUUUGUCUAUCGGGGAAGGAUAGCAGUGUUUUCUGUGACCGUUUUGCAUGAUGAUCGAAUAGUGCUUGUGGCAGAGCAGCGCCCUGAUGCGUCAGAGGAGGAUAGUUUUCAGUGGAUGAGCAGGGUUCUACAGGCAAUUGAUAGCAUUCACCAAGUGGGCGUCUACUGUCUUGCCUUGGUACCAGCCAACACUUUGCCAAAGACUCCACUCGGAGGAAUUCAUAUUUCAGAAACCAAGCAGCGCUUUUUAGAGGGUGCUCUGCACCCUUGUAAUGUCUUGAUGUGUCCACAUACUUGCGUUACUAACCUGCCUAAGCCUCGACAGAAGCAACCAGAUGUUGGUCCUGCUUCAAUGAUAGUAGGAAACCUUGUUGCUGGAAAGAGAAUUGCUCAAGCCUCAGGCAGAGAUGUUGCCCAGUUGGAGGAUAACGACCAGGCAAGAAAGUUCCUGUAUUUAGCAGAUGUUCUUCAGUGGCGAGCUCAAACAACUCCAGAUCAUCCCCUCUUCCUUUUGUUGAAUUCCAAGGGCACUGUAGCUAGCACUGCAUCGUGCAUACAGUUGCACAAGAGAGCAGAGAGAGUGGCAGUCGCGCUGAUGGAGAAAGGACGACUGAAUGUUGGUGACCACGUGGCCCUGGUUUAUCCUCCAGGAGUAGACUUGAUAGCAACUUUCUAUGGCUGCUUAUAUGCUGGCUGUAUACCUAUCACCGUUCGCCCACCUCAUCCACAGAAUCUUGCUACCACUCUGCCCACUGUCAAAAUGAUUGUAGAGGUCAGUAAGUCUGCAUGUAUACUGACCACACAAGCGAUAAUGAAACUGCUGAAGUCCAAGGAAGCUGCAACAGCUGUAGAUAUUAAAACAUGGCCCACUAUUUUGGAUACAGAUGAUAUGCCUAAAAAGAAGCUGGCUAGUAUUUUCAGACCUGCAUCUCCAGAUAUGUUGGCAUACUUGGACUUCAGUGUGUCUACUACUGGUAUAUUAGCAGGAGUAAAGAUGUCACAUGCAGCUACAAGUGCCUUAUGUCGCUCUAUAAAACUACAGUGUGAACUGUACCCUUCACGUCAGAUUGCCAUCUGCCUUGACCCUUAUUGUGGCUUGGGAUUUGCACUAUGGUGCUUGUGCAGUGUAUAUUCGGGUCAUCAGUCUAUUCUAGUCCCUCCUCUGGAACUGGAGAGCAAUGUGUCUCUGUGGUUGUCUGCUGUAAGUCAGUAUAAAGUGCGCGUCACGUUCUGCUCCUACUCUGUGAUGGAGAUGUGCACCAAAGGGCUUGGAACACAGACUGAUAUACUCCGGGUGAAAGGAGUUAACCUGUCCUGCGUGCGAACAUGCAUGGUGGUUGCAGAGGAGAGACCAAGGAUUACAUUAACACAGUCUUUCUCUAAGUUAUUCAAAGACCUGGGCCUCUCUGCUCGUGCAGUGAGCACUACAUUUGGGUGCAGGGUCAACGUAGCAAUUUGCUUACAGGGAACAGCAGGACCAGAUCCAACAACAGUCUACGUAGAUAUGAGAGCACUUCGACAUGACAGGGUGCGUUUGGUAGAGAGAGGUUCUCCACACAGUCUGCCGCUUAUGGAGUCUGGGAAGAUUCUUCCAGGGGUAAAGGUCAUCAUAGCACACACAGAAACCAAGGGACCUCUGGGAGACUCGCAUUUAGGAGAGAUAUGGGUGAGUAGUCCACACAAUUCUACUGGUUACUACACAGUGUAUGGAGAAGAAGCACUGCAUGCUGAUCACUUUACUGCUCGCUUGAGUUUUGGAGACACUCAGACCAUAUGGGCUCGGACUGGGUACCUUGGCUUUCUGCGCAGAACAGAACUUACUGAUGCUAGUGGAGAGAGGCAUGAUGCCCUAUAUGUGGUAGGCUCUUUGGAUGAAACACUGGAGCUCAGAGGAAUGAGGUACCAUCCCAUUGAUAUAGAGACCUCUGUAAUAAGAGCACAUAAGAGCAUUGCAGAAUGCGCUGUGUUUACAUGGACCAACUUGUUGGUGGUGGUUGUCGAAUUAGAAGGCUCAGAACAAGAAGCGUUGGACCUGGUCGCACUGGUAACAAAUGUGGUUCUGGAAGAGCAUUAUCUCAUAGUAGGUGUUGUAGUCAUUGUGGACCCUGGUGUCAUUCCUAUCAAUUCCCGUGGCGAGAAACAAAGAAUGCACUUGAGAGACGGAUUUUUAGCUGACCAGCUGGAUCCUAUUUAUGUUGCCUACAACAUGUGAAAACAGAAAAUCACAUCAAGGCUAAAGCACCAAAAUCAAGGGACUUUCCAAAUAAUAACAUCGGAAUCCAUUUUCUGUGUUUUUAAAAGCUGUUGAAGACCAUGGGAAAAUGAAGAUACUAAUCUUCCCAGACCUUCAUCUCUCAGAUUGCAUUUGCUUUCAUAGAUCUAUUCUAACAGUUACAGCUGUCUUAGGAUGGCGAGUUUACUGGAAUUCCUGAAGGAAAUUUAUUAGAACUAUCAUGGACCAAUGUUUUUUUCCAAUAAUUAUGAAUGUCAGUACUUGAUGCACUGCAUAAAAGGACAUAAAGCAGGGUGGGGAGAGAACACCAGCUGUGAGGAGGACUCUUGGAAAUAAUACUGAAAGUUGUGAGUAACCAUUCAGAGUUCACCCUCCAUGUGAUUGUUUGCAAUAUAUUGGCAGUAUCUGGGUUGGGAUGUAACUUUCAAGAUUGCACACAUCUCUUCCAUAUUCUCUACUGUACUGAAAGGAAUUUUGCACAUAUUUGAGAUUUAAAAAUGCAGCCUUUUUAUUUUAAAUCACUGACUCAUCCCUAUUCAGAAGAGACAAAUUCAUUCCAAUCCCGGAUUCAAUGUAACAAUUAUGCUGCUGUUCGGCUUUUGUGUACCAAGCAAGAACAAAUACUGCAACUGUAACAAGGUUACUUAUCAUGCUGUGCUGGACUCUGUAAUGCUAUAAACUUUAUAAUAAAAUAUAAA